CUUCAAACGAGAAGUGCUCACACAGUGUUUGUCUGCAGAGUUUCACACCAGCUGACAAGAAGACAACAGCUCUGAGGAUGGACAGGAAGCGUACUUGUGUGAAGCUGUCGGUCCAGCCGUCCAGAGGGCUCAUGGACGAGAAGUUUAUCGUCCUAGUCGAGAACGUCUUCCCGGGUUUCCAGCUGACCGUCUACACCCUCUACCAGUGUGAAGGCGGACACAGCUGGGAGGCGUUCGCUCACUACACCGCCAACGCCAGCGGGACUGUGAACGUUUCCGAGGAUCCCAGUCUGGGCGGGACUUAUUCUGGGGUUGAACAGAUGGGUCUAAUGUGGAGCCUCAGACCAGUUCCAGGCAGCAAACCAGGGCUCAGGAUGAGGAAGAUGAACGUCCAGACUCCCAUGGAGGUCAAAAUCUUGGUGUACCCGGGUCACCUGACUGAGGGCUUCGUGGACAAGGUGCCGCUGGCCGGUGUGGUGGUGGAGCGCUGGUACAUGGCGCCCGGCGUCCGCAGGAUCCCGAUUACAGAGGCCGGACUCACUGCGACCCUCUUCCUCCCCUCAGGACCCGGACUUCCCGGCCUCCUGGACCUGUGGGGGGGUGGAGGACAGCUGGUGGAGUACCGCGCAGCGCUGCUGGCCUCCCACGGCAUCGCCUCCAUGGCCCUCGACUACCUGACACCUAAAAUUACCAAGGAAACCGGGAAGAUGGUGGACAACGAGUACUUUGAGACGGCCUACAGAGUCUUGGAGCAGCAUCCUCAGAUCCUCGGCAGCAGGAUCGCCAUGUUGGGCCUUUCCUUCGGCACCAGUGUCACCCUCAAAAUGGCCGUUUACUCCCAAGUUUUUAAGCUCAGGUGUGCAGUGUGUAUUAGUGGGAGUCAUGUGCAGCCGGUCGACGGAUCUGUGGAACAAAUGCUGACUUUCUUUCAUCAAAAUGCUGAGAAGACUCGAUUCAACGAGGAGAACCAAGUGAUCUGGCGAGAUCUGCUGCUGCCCAUCCCCACCGACCCCUCGCUGAAAGUGGACGUGGGACGACUCCAGUGUCCUCUGCUGCUGGUUGUGGGGGAGGACGAUCAGAACUGGCCCGCCUACGAGUCUGCAAUGGACAUAAAGGAGAUGGUGCAGCGGGCGGGGAACGAUCACCUGCUGACCGUCCUGUCGUACCCGAACGCCGGUCACCUGAUUGAACCUCCGUUCACGCCGUUCGCCCGAGCCAGCACCUUCAGAACAGUCUCCGCCAAAUCUCAGACACUGAUCGCUCUGUGGGGCGGAGAGCUGGUGGCACAUUCUCGCGCUCAGGAAGACUCCUGGAGGAAGACGCUGGUCUUUCUGAAGGAGAAUCUGUUCGGCGGCUCAAGCCCUGGUGCAACUUCAUUUUCCAACCUGUAACCAAGGCAACAUCUAUACGUCGGGGAAGGACUGCUAAGGGAGCCUCAGGUUCAGGAAGUAGAAGUCAUGUUUAUUUAUCCCCUUAGAGAAUAUCACAUGACUCACGUUUCAGGCUUUGAUUGAUACGAAAUGUUCCAAAAGAUGAAUAACUAUAUAAGAUAAUAUCCGGUAAUAAUAUUAGAGUUUAUUUAUAUAUCACUUAUCAGAAUCAUAGAUUACAAAGUGAUUUAAAAAGGAAAAUGUAUUUCAUACAUAGACUCAAGUUUACAAGUUUGGAAUCGCUGCUAUAUUGAUGUUUCUUUUCUUUCCUUAUUAAUUACUCUUUUAACAGAGAUAAAAACAAUAUAAUUUAGACGACAAAUGUUGUACUUGUUGAACUUUAAUUAUGGUUUACUCUUAAGUGGUUUGAACUCUGAUUUGUUCAGCUGAUAUUCCAGUAGAGCUAACUCUAGACUAACUUUCUGUUUCUAUUAUGAAGUUUGAAGAAGAGCCUUUGAUGAAGCAACACCUUGUCUGUUAAUUCCAGCUCGUUAUCUGCUGCUUUAUUGUGAAAGACCUGACCUUGAAACAGGAAGUUGUUCCUGUUUAAAUCUAAGCUUUUAGUUUUAAUUUCUUCUCUUCUUAUACAACUGUAGCUCAGAGGGAUCUUUGUCUCUUUCAGUUGUCAUUGUGUUUGAACCAUCGUUCAGCGUUUUGCCCUCCAUCUACUCAAAUAAAUAACAUCUAUUAGUAAAGAGGACUUUGUAAAACCAUGAAAAAACAUUCAGAUAUAUGAGGAGUUCUCUUAGAAGAAGCAUCAAAUUAAAACAAUACACUAAGAUACAUAAGAUCUAGUCCCAUAUUAAUCAAACUCUGACGGGCUCAACUUGAGUCGAGCUUUAUGCAGCUGCUUGACGGAUCCAUUAUCUGUUUGGAGACCAUUAACAACCAUGAGCACAUUUAGUUAAAAUGUGG